CCCCACCGCCCCUAUCUUCCUACGCCCCUGGCUAUGCCCAAUGGACUGCUGUUGUUGUUACUGAAUGCUAGGCUGGUUCAUAAUAAGACCAUGCUUAUCCAUGAUCUUAUCGUGAAUAGGCUGAUCUAGUCUGUAUAAUGAACAGGCUGAUCUAGUCUGUAUAAUUGAGAUGGGUGGGGGGUGUCCCUAACCUGACAUAGUUUUGCCCACCUGGGCACUCUGCACAGCUUCAGUUCUGACCAGAGGGUUGGGGAGUGGGAGGCAUUUGCCAUGAUUCAUAGAAGUUAACUGCCCUUUACAGUACAGUACUAGGAAACCUCUCUGCGGAGGAGCUGCACUGCAUCCGGUGUGGGGUCAUUGUCAAAGCAGGAGUCGGGAGCAGGUUAGCAAUAACUCAAAGAGUGUCUGUGAAGUUAACUGGUGAGCACAGCAACUGUACCCAGCAGGUCUUGCCCCAAUGAGGCAGUUGCGAGGACUGAAGGUCCCCUCCUUCCCACUGCUCUCUAAGACUUCUCCGCCUUCAGGUCCUUCCCAAGCAAUCUAAGGCUCCUUCGACUUGUCUUUCUUUGUCCAGGGAGGAGGGGAGCUGGUCACAGCAAGAGGGGGGCACUCCCUGGCUUCUUCUGACUCUGGAUGGCUCUAUGCCACAGCCUCUUCCUGCUCACUAAACCCUGUUACCUCUUCAGCUUCCAGCACCUCCUCCUUCUGGUCUGCUCCCUCUUCUCCUUCUGACCACUCAUUGUCAUCCCAUCACCAAUCCCUUGGUCUGAGUCUUCUUCCCUUGGGGGUUCCCCAGCUGGUGCCUCCCACUACUCAUCUGCAUCCAGCCAGUCCAUGACAAUCAUGGAGGCAGGCUGGGAAUACUCUUGGUGUACCACCUACCUUUCUGCUCAACAGCCUCCCUUACUGAGCUGGUCUCCAGACUGCCUCCAGUGUGGUUUUGGAAGAACCACCCAGGUCUCUUGUCCUGAGUGACUUCAGCUUGCGUGCUGCGAAUGCCUCAAUGCCAGCCCAAGAUUUCAUGGCCUCCGUGGCAGCCAUGGGACUGUCUCAUACCAUAUGGUUAUCUGGCCAAUGCACAAAGCAGGUGUACCCUUGAUCUAGUCUUUGCUCCCAGUAGAGAGGGGGGUGGUCUGGAUAGAGUGGAGUGCCUUACCAUGUUGUGGUGAGACCUCUUCCAGGUGAAGUUUGGACUUUUGGUGGCAGUCUUACCUUGUAGCAGUGGGGCACCAAUUCAGAUGGUCCACCCCCAGAGACCAGUGGAACCUCGUAGGUUCCUCAGUGUUGAACAGGGAUAAUCUGGUCAUGGUGAAAACAGCCCAUAGCAGAACUAUGCAGUGCUCAAACAAUACAGAAAAACAGAUUUUUUUUAAGAAAAGUGCAAAAAAAUUAAAAAAAAUAUUUUAAAAAUUUAAAAUAAUAUUUGCAGUUGAAAUAGGUGAUAUAUUAAAUCCAUGGGGAUUUUAGCUGCAUCUCUUUAGCAAACAUGAAAUGAACAGGAUAUAUUGUUUUACAAUUAAUCUCUUGUGUUAUUUUUGUCUGGUUAAUCCUUAUUUGCAUUGAGAUGUAUAUGGGGAUUUUACAUAGUUGGGGAAAACCUUUACGCUUUUCAGAGAUGUGUUUUAAAAAUCUGAAAUUGAUUUGCCUACCAGUUGUGGCAGUUUAACAGGAAAAAAACAACAAUUUAAUUGGGUUUUCAGAUAUUUAAAUAAUGAAAGGUCAUUUUCUCCCUUACAAUAAGGACAUUUACCUAAAAUUUAGGAACUAAAGGAACAAAAUACCAUGAUAAAUGAGAAAAGCACGUUUUUGUCUUUCCAUCAUACUGUAAUUAACAAUCUUUCCCUUGAUGGGAAGAGGUUGACCUUUUGGUUAAUAUGCGAAAUGAGGAAGGAAGCUGCUUUUUGGAUGGUAUAAAUUAGGAGCCAAUCAAGGUGAUGGGCAUUCAGAUCUGGCUUUUUGCCUCUUGCAAAAUUGAGCUGAGCCACAAAGGAAAUCUGUGAAGCCAUGAACUCUCUCAGAGCCUUUACUCUUCUGUCCCUGGUGCUCAGCCUCGAGAAUGCACAGGGCCACCUCUCUGAAAGCAGCUGUAAGCGUUUUGCAGACAUCCUGCCUCACAAACUCCGAGAGUUGCGGGUCACGUUUCAUGAGAUUAGAGAUUAUUUUCAAGCCAGAGAUGAUGAGCUAGAGAUCAUGUUGUUAAAAGAGGAUCUACUGGAAGAUUUCAAGGGAUACUUGGGCUGUCAGUCAGUGGCAGAAAUGAUACAGUUUUAUCUGGAAGUUGUUUUGCCCAACGUAACCACAGGCAGCGCCAUUCAGCGGACUGUAGACUUUCUUGGAAAUAGGCUGCUGGAUCUGAGACAGACAAUCAAGCGCUGUCAUAGGUUCUUCAUCUGUGAAAAGGAGAGCAAAACAAUAACGAACAUCAAACAAACCUAUGAGAAGCUGCAAGGCAAAGGCAUCUAUAAAGCAAUGGGAGAGUUUGACAUUUUCAUUAACUACAUUGAAGAAUACCUGGCAAUGAAGAUGAAAAAAUGAAACUGUUUUUUCCACUCAGGACAACUAACUUCUGUAACUGGAAUAUAUUUUGCAAAGGUGUUACAAGAAAUCAGUAUUACACAAUACUAUAUAUUUUUAACUUAAAUUUAUUUAUUAACACAGAUACCUCAGCUUUUGUCAGUGUUUUAUACAUUUUUAUAAAGGAAAAGUUAUAACGUAAUUUAUUGACCUGGUUUUGCUUCUCCUUCUCCUUUUUACAUAGCGUGCUUUUGUCCUUUUAGUUUUCUCUUAGCUCAGGAAUGCUCCAAAUUGUAGCAUUCAAGGAAAUGCUUUUUAGGAAGUGAGAAAUUGUGAGAAGUAGAUUCUAAAUCUGUAUUAUGUUUCAGUCAGCAUUUUGGAUUUAAAUGUGAGAACCAUGAUCCAAAGACUUCAAUCAGGUUGCUAAUUUCAGCAAGGGGACUGUCUGCUGGAACAAGAUUAAGUACAUCUGAGCAUGCCAGUUUACAUUUCAGGUCAGAUGUUAACAACUGAUAGUUUGAAAGUACAGCCACCAGGCUUCUAGCUCCAACCAGUCAUUGGGAACACAUCCCACCGGGGCUUAAAGACCCUUACCAGCUCUUGGUCCACAUCAAAGCACAAUUCAAAGUGUUGGUGCUUACCUUUAAAGCAAGGGUAGCUAACCUGUAGCUUUCCAGAUGUUUUAGACUACAACUCCUACAGCAUGCACAAUAAUUGGAGACGAUGGGAUUUUAAAGCGUUUGGAAGGGUACAGGUUGGCAGCCCCUACUUGCCCAUGCACUGGGACCUAUUUCGGAGUAUCUCUUCAAGGUGCCCCAACAUUUGAGGCAAGAUGGGUGGCAACUGCAAAGAAAGGUUUCUUGGUUGAGAGCACCCAAGUUACAGAGUUCUCAGCCCAGGGAGGCUAAUUCAUCGCCUAGACUGUGUGGUUUUUUUUACUUCCAGAGAUUGGGUGAAAACUUUUUAAAUUAUCUCAGGUUUUUUCAUCACCGAUAUAUUUUAUUUCUGCUGAAUUGCUUUUAAUGCUGCCUCUGUUUUUAAUAAUUCAUUGUUUUUCUUGGACUUUUCACAGUAUUUUGAUGGCAAUGCCCUUCUGAAUGUGAUUUUUUCAAAAAAAAUGCAGGAUAGGGUGGGGAAGUUUGUAAAUAAAUAAAUAGGUCAAACAAGGACAAACAUGCACUGAAAUAUUUUAAAAUUUAAUAUCAUUGUUUUUUGCUCAUGGAAAAAUAAUACCUGUCUCUGCGAGCACUAGUACAUGACUUCUGGUACAUUUUAUUGCCUAUGCUAGCAAUGUAUCAAAUCACAAUAUGUUCGUGCAUUGCUGUGGAUCUGGGUUACAGUUGCCUUGACAAACGUGAGACUGUUACUGCCUCUGAUUUUGCAUUUGUUUUUUUUAAACAGGAACUAAAAAAAAAUUUCUGCAUCAGAAUGAUGAUUUUUAACCUCAAAGUAGAUGAUUAAGCAUGUUUGCCUUUUUGUUAUGUAAGCUCCUAAGGAAAUGUGAAAGCUCUCGUUUACGUCCAACACAUUCUGAUGUCAUUAGGCACCCCAUGACGAACAAUAAAAAUAAAGUAAAACAAAAAACAAAAAACCUCAGCUCCUGACACUUAUUCAUUAACUUGCUGUUAUAUGGAAAGGUUAGGAAGAAUGAAACUUGGAAUAAGAAUAUUAAAAGGUUGAUUUUCCAAUCUCAUCUUCUGAGUCAUUGUUCCUUCUGCUUGGGUUUGCUGGGAUGUGAUUCACUCAACUGGGCUCUCUGGCCUUCUUCCCCUUCUUUUUGCAUUGCUAUGUUAGCUAAGCUGUAUCCUCCUUGCUGGCUACUCCAUCCCACUCAGCACCUGGGGGGGGGGUCCUCAGGUUUUUCCAGAUUUAAUGUUGCUAACAUCACCAUGGCUUCCUGCAGUGUUGCAACUGCCACUUAUGCGAGAGUUCGAUUCUGGUGGUCCACAGAGAAAGGUGGUGCUGACCUUUAAAGCCCUAAAUGGCUUCAGCCCUGUAUACCUGAAGGAGCGUCUCCACCCCCAUCGUCCAGCCCGGACAUUGAGGUCCAGCUCCAAGGGCCUUCUGGCGGUUCCCUCAUUGCAAGAGGUGAGGUUACAGGGAACCAGGCACAGGGCCUUUUCAGUAGUUGUGCCCACCCUCCCAGCAGGUGUCAAACAGCUAAACAGCUAUGUAAUUUUAAAAAGACAUCUGAAGGCAGCCCUGUUCAGAGAAGAUUUUAGUGUUUGAUGUUUUGUUGUGUUUUUACUAUUUUUGUUGUUGUUGUUGGGAGCCACCCAGAGUGGCUGUGGCAACCCAGUCAUUAUGGGUGGCAUAAUAAAGUCAGGAACCCCCAGAACUCCCCCCCCCCCAAUGAGGCAGAGGGCUGCUUGCUAGGCUCUGGAAAGGAGGCACAAAGGCUCUGAGAGCAUCCCAGCGCCAUCCCAAAAUCUGGGCAUAUAUCCUGGUAGACUUGAAUGGGAAAUGUUUCAAGCAGCGAAAGCUUUGGAGUAAGUGUUUUAUCUUUUCUUUCAUUUCGUGUGACAUAAAUGAAGUUGUGCUGCUGAGCCCAUGGGAGACUGCUAACGGUGACUUCCACAAAGACCUCCGUGAUCAAGCAGGGUUAAAAGGGAUUGGGCAGUCCUGGGCCCUAGUUGUUGUGGGCCUCGAAAAUUAAAGCAAAUCGGCAGCCAGUGAAAGGUUUUGUCCACUUGAGUUUAGUGCUGGUGAUAGCCUGUUCUUAUCAACUGUCUAGCACCGGAUUUAAGGUGCUGUGGGCACUUUCCCUGCACAGGGUACCAAGUGGAAGGAGAAUAAAACUAAGAAGAUCCAUAACUGAGAAAAUCCAUUUGGGGGUGCAAAUUUUGACCGUCCUCCCCCUAUAUGAGUAGCCUCAUAUAGAAUGCAUUGCAAUAAUCAAGUCUUGAGGUUACCAAUUCAUUAAUAACUAAAUAAAACAAAGGCAGAUCAAGUUGCCAUAUAACAUCUUCCGCUAGCUUUAACUGAAACAUGGAAAGCAGGAAAGGUUUUGGUUUUUUCCUUUCCUUCGAAAGUGAAAAAUGAGAAAGCGCUAUCCAAGCACACAGCAGGAAACUUCCCCACUUGAGGAGACGGAGGAUGUAAUGGGGUUUUCAGGAAACAGGUGUAAUAAGCAAAAAUCUGCCCUUAUUCCCUUAUGGGGUACACAAGAGCCCUUAUUGGGUUCUCCAUCGGUCGGAGAAUAUAACAGAGGCCAACCAGAGAAGUUUGAGAAGCAAAGCCUUUAUUUUUGCUGUUGCAAAAGGGUCCCUCCCCUCACGCAGGAGAACAAGGAAGGAACCCAGAAGAAAAGAGAACCUCCACUUUUAUCAGUUUUCCCAUCACCAAGAAACACCCCCCAAUACCUCAUUCCUACAUCACAGCUAUGUAAUCAAUACCUCACAAAAAAGAAGGGUUCAAGGUAGAAAUCUGAGCACUUUUGACACCUCCUAGUCCUCCUCUCACCCCUCCCAGGUGUGAAUUCCUAACAGGCCCGGCCCUACGUGCAGGCUGGGUGGCGCAGGGCACCAUGG